AUGGCCUCCCUGGACCUUGGGUCAACAAAGGACCGGACGCCAGCCAAAACCCCAGAGCCCGAUAAGGCGAGCGCAGACCCCCCUGCGCCGCUGUCGGAUCCGCCGUCGUUGCCUUGGUUGUCUGAAGAGCCGCCUGUUGAACCGGCUGGCAGCGAAGAAAUCAGCGAUGAUGAGUUUGUGGCCAACAGCGUCGAUUCGGAUCUAGUCAGCGUGAGCUCCAGCGUGUACGCGCACACGUAUGAACGAGGUCGGCGCUACCAAUCAUUUAAGAACAGCAGGUAUCCAAUACCGAACGACGACAUAGAGCAGGCGCGAGAAGACAUGAAGCAUGUCAUGCUCAUGGAACUGACGGGAGGAAAGUUGCUUUUUGCGCCAAUUGGGGAGCACCCACAAAAGAUUGUUGACAUUGGAACUGGUACAGGGAUAUGGGCGAUUGAAACUGGCGACGCUUAUCCCAGCGCUUCAAUUCUGGGCAUCGAUCUGACACCGAUCCAGCCGCUUUGGGUUCCACCAAAUGUUGAAUUUAUUGUAGAUGACUGCGAACAGGACUGGCUGCUGGAUAAUGUCGACCUCGCACAUUUUCGGUUCAUGGCCAUGAUCCUGAAAGAUGUCCCACUUGUCAUGCAGCAUGCGUAUGAGAGUCUUCGUCCUGGGGGCUGGAUUGAAUUUCAGGAGCUGCUCGGUCGCCCGUACUGCGAUGACGAUACCAUGAAAUCUGAUGACCCUUUCAAAGUGCUUUAUGAGAUCGCCGGGGAAGCCUACCAAAAACUGGGACUUAGCACUUCACUACCAGCAGAGCUGGAGCCAGUGCUCCUCUCCGCUGGCUUCGAAAACAUACAUUGCAAAGUUGUCAAGGUCCCCAUUGGAACAUGGGCCAAGGACAAGACCCUGCGACUUGUGGGCUUAUACCAGAAAACAGCCGUCACAGACUUCAUUUCAACGCUCGCGGGGAGACCUUUCAAGGCCCUUGGGCUCUCGGAAGAAGAGGCGCAAGUUCGACUUGCGCUCGCGCGACAAGCUCUGGACACUACAGAUAACGUCGACUAG